AUGACACCUUUACAAGACUGGAAUGAACUUCAUCUUAGUGACUAUCAAUGGGUGGAUCAACUGAUUGACUCCAAUACAACACAAUGGAAUAUACCCCUUCUUCGACAACUUUUUACCCCAAAUCAGGUGAAUUCUAUCCUUACUAUCCCUCUUCAGUUAGAUCAACCUGAUAAACUCAUUUGGCCUUUCACGACCUCUGGAAUAUUCACCACUUCAUCUGCCUAUAAACUACUUUGUGAACAACAUCUUACCACCGACUCAUCCCUUGGUUUAUCCCCUCAAUUUUGGUUAAGAUUAUGGAAGUUUAAAAUUCCUUAUAAGCUUCAAAUGUUUAUGUGGAAAUGUCUUCACAAUGUUGUCCCUGUUAAAGCAAGAAUUUUUCAUCAUGCUGACCCUGACAUAAGAUACUGCGUUCUCUGCAAUACUCAACAACUUGAAGAUGUAAAUCAUCUUUUUAUUCACUGCCCUUUGCUUAAACUGUUUGGAGAUAUUUCUUUCCUCAGCAUUCUGCUUCAAUUCUGCAGCAGUCAGCUGUUCUUUCCUGGGUCUUACAUUGCAUAUCAUCACAUUAGCACCACAUAUGACACUUCUAUGAGUACUAUUAUCUUGAGAAACCUAAAUAUGACUUGGAAACCUCCUCCACCAGGUUUUUUGAAAAUAAAUGUUGAUGCUUCCUUUAAUAGUAACACUCUUUUGGCUGGUAUUGGGAUUAUAAUAAGAGAUUCUGCAGGACUCUACGUGGGUGGAAAAAGAUAUUUGAAAAGAGCUCAGAAUAUACAUCAGGCUGAAGCCUGGCAUCAUUCUCCUCUUCCUCCUUGGCAAACAGUUCCUCUACUUCGACAAUGUGUAAACAUAUGUAAUAUUAACUUAGCUUGGUCGUGUGUUUUUGUUUAUGGAAACUGUAAUAAAGUAGCUGAUGCUUUAGCAAAAGCUACUCGCAAAUCCAACUUAUGUGGGUAUGGUGGUCUUAUCCGCCUUACAUGUUAA